AUGGAAAGGCUGGCCCCUGAGAUUAAGCACACCCCGGCCACCACAGCUGCGGGAGGUGAAAUAACCCCUUCGGAAAACACCAAGGUCCAAGAUCCCAGAACCAACCGUUCAAAAAAGGUGGGAGGUGCUAAUGGCACAGUCGACCGAGUGUUCAAGCGGAAGCACAAAGGAAAAUUUACGGGUGCUAUCUUCAUCCACGCCGGCGCCGGCUUUCACAGUCAUCAGAACGAGCGAGUCCAUCUAGAGGCUUGCAGCGAUGCGGCUUCCAUGGGAAUGAAAUUCCUCAAAUCAGGUGCCACUGCAACGGAAGCUGUCGAAGCUGCUCUGCGUGUCCUCGAAGACAAAGAAAUCACCAACGCGGGUUAUGGCUCUAAUUUGUCGAUGGACGGGACCGUGGAAUGCGAUGCAACUAUCGUUGACCAUUUAGGAAGAAGCGGUGCCUGCGGAGCAGUUCCCAACAUCAGAAAUCCAAUCUGUCUCGCAAAGCUGAUUCUAGACAAGAGCAACCAGCCGUUAUCGUUGCGUCGAGUACCCCCGAACAUCUUGGUAGGGGAGGGCGCCAAAAACUUCUCGGUGGAAAACGGGAUGCAAAUCGUGCCCAAUGACUAUCUCAUAUCCAAGAACGCGAGAGAUCGAUUCCUACGCUGGCAGGAGGAUCUCAAGCGAGCUGAGGACAAAGUCAAGCAAGCAGGCACCCGCAAAACACUCGAGGAACCAGCUGAGAACUGUCAGCAGUAUGACAACAUGCCGACAACGGUUCCCUCCCGGAUCUACCAAAGUCAGCAGAGAGACCAUGCCACUGCUAUUCUCAAUGGAACAUGGAACGAGGGCCAGCCAGAUUCACCCCACCGAGGCUCACCGGUGCCCGAGCAGAUGCAGGGCUAUCCUCGGAUUACACCUCCGAGGGCAACAAUUGAGAGAUCCCCAUUGAGUCACGUAGGAGCCUCAAUACCCUCCGUCAACAGAUCUCGACCUCACCUGCUGCAAGAGAGAGACCCUCUGACAUCCUCUUCCAGCCACUUGGCGGAAGAGGGAAAUCGUGAUGGCACAAUGUCAUCUCAGUGGACAGACGGGGCUAGACAUGCAAGCACAAUUGCACAGUUGCAGGGUUGCAGCCCUCGUGGACUUAAGAGGCCGUUUUCUGCGACUGAAUUGGAUCACGAGGACGUCAUCACCGACACUGUUGGAGCCAUAGCUAUCGACGAAAGAGGGAACAUUGCGGCAGGUUCAUCCUCUGGAGGCAUCGGAAUGAAGCAUCGCGGACGUAUAGGCCCCGCUGCUCUAGUUGGCAUCGGUACUGCUGUCGUUCCCUGCGAUCCCGAAGAUCCAGACAAGGUCAGUGUUGCCGCGGUGACCAGCGGUACGGGAGAGCACAUGGCCACCACCAUGGCGUCUCAACGGUGUGCUGAACGAAUCUAUGGCAGCACCCGUCGUGGACCGAACGGCAGAGACAUCGAAGAGUGGGACGAAGACGCUAUCAUGGAGUCCUUCAUCACGAACGACUUCAUGGGCCACCCUGGCGUCAAAAACUGCAACUCGGUCGGGGCAAUUGGUGUAAUGACAGUCAAGAAGACACGGACAGGGUACUACUUAUACUUUGCCCACAACACUGACUCUUUCGCACUCGCCUCAAUGGGUGGUUCCGAUAAGGAGCCCGUGUGCGUCAUGUCUCGUCUUGGAGAGUCAGCUCAAGUCACGCGAGGUGCUCGAAGAAUACGAGUCGAUCUUGGCACAUGA